CGAACGGACGUGAAAAGCUUCAUUCUUCCACGGAAACGAUGCAGCUCCUGGAUUUGUAUUUUUUAUGCAACAUAAAGCAUUGAGAUAUUGAAAUAGCAGUGGAUUUAAUAUCAGUGGUUUGAAAUCUCCCUGCUAAAAGAUGGCAACAUGCGGCACGAGAGGACAAUGGCUGGAGAUGUGGAUUUCCUUUUGUCUCCCGCUGCUGAUUGUUUUUCAUGCUGAACCGAUCUCCGCUCAAGUGAGAUAUUCCAUUCAGGAGGAAGUCAAAGUAGGAAGUGCGGUUGCAAAUGUGGCCAAGGACCUCGGACUGGAUAUCGGGAGGCUGCAGGAGAGAAAUCUCCGUGUGGUGUCGGGAACAAAGCAGGAUCAGUUCAAGGUAAAUCCGAGGGACGGUGUUCUGUCUACCCAGCAGAGAUUAGACCGAGAGGAGCUGUGCGGGAACACGGUGCCGUGCGUCACCAACCUCAAGGUGGUGGUGGAAAACCCUUUGGAGAUGCAUCAAGUCCUUGUGGAGGUACUCGAUGUGAAUGAUAACACACCUCGAUUUCUUGAUGAUAACUGCACUCUGGAGGUUCUGGAAUCCGCCCUUGUCGGAUAUAGACUCCAGGUGGAAGGUGCCCAAGAUUUGGAUGUCGGCUUGAAUUCCAUACAAUCCUACAGACUGAACCAUAACCAAUUUUUUCACCUGGAAACUGAAGAGUUCGGUGAAGAUGGGAAGGUCCCGUUUCUUGUUUUACAGCGACCUUUAGAUAGAGAAAACACCGCCCAACACCAUUUAAUAUUAACAGCUGCAGAUGGGGGCAAACCACCCAAAACAGGCACUAUCAAUAUUACUGUUAUUAUAUCUGAUAUAAAUGAUAACCCACCAGUGUGUGGCAAGCUAAAGUAUUCCAUUACAGUGAAGGAAAACGCACCAGUAGGGACAUAUCUGCUGACAGUGAACGCAUCAGACAGCGAUGAUGGACUGAACGGUGAGAUUGAAUAUUCAUUACGAAGCAAACUAAGAGGACUCCCCUCCGUGCCUUUUGAUUUGAACAAAAAAACCGGCGAACUCCGAGUCAAAGUGGGUCUAGAUUUUGAAGAAAGACGAGUCUACGAGAUGAAAGUACUCGCAGCUGACAAAGGCGCCGUGUCGCUUUCCACUCAAUGCAACGUAGUGGUCCAUGUCGAGGACGUGAAUGACAACAAACCAGAAAUAGACAUCACAUCGCUGUCUAGUCGCAUCCCAGAGGACGCCCCUCCGGGUACAGUGGUGGCGUUAGUGGGAGUGAAUGAUCUGGACUCAGGUGUGAAUGGACAGGUGGUCUGCAGUGUUCUGGACCACUUGCCAUUUGACCUCAAGUCAUCCCCUGAUGGACAAUCGUAUUCUCUUGUCACGAAGGACUAUUUAGACAAAGAGAAGAUGCACGUGUAUGAUAUUACAAUAACUGCCAAGGAUUUAGGGACACCCCCGUUGUCAUCUAGCAAGGUGGUCCAUGUAGAUGUACUAGAUGUUAACGACAAUAGACCUUUAUUCACUGAAAGCCCGUAUACUUUUUAUGUACUGGAAAACAACAAAGCAGGAGACUCUUUGUUUUCUGUAACUGCUACAGACUCUGAUGGGGAGGAAAAUGCAGCAGUAACCUUCUCACUCCAAAAAGGUCCAUCUGUGACAUCAUUUUUAAAUAUAAAUGAGGUCACCGGUGCUAUUUCAGCACUAAAAAGUUUUGACUUUGAGACACUAAAAAGCUUCCAGUUCCAAGUGGUGGCCACAGACGCUGGAAGUCCUCCACUGAGCAGCAACGUGACAGUGAAGGUGUUCAUCCUGGAUCAGAACGACAACGCUCCGGUCAUCCUGUAUCCAGUCAGCUCCAACGGUUCCUCCGAAGGCGUGGAGGAGAUUCCCCGCAAUAUGAAAGCAGGAGACUUGGUGACUAAAGUCCGAGCCUAUGACGCUGAUAUCGGAUAUAACGGCUGGUUACUGUUUUCACUGCAGCAAGUCACUGACCACAGUGUCUUUACUUUGGACCGCUAUACGGGCCAGAUCAGAACACUUCGCUCAUUGACAGAGACAGACGAGGCUGAGCAUCAACUGCUCAUACUGGUCAAAGACAAUGGCAACGUUUCACUCUCAGCAACAGCUACUGUGACUGUCAAACUUGUGGAGCCCAAAGAGGCUUUUGCAGCUUCUGAUGUCAAACGUGCAGCAGCAAAAGUGGACAAGGAGGAGGACGACAAUGUGACUUUUUAUCUCAUCAUCACUUUGGGCUCGGUCUCCCUCCUUUUUGUCAUCAGCAUCAUCGUGCUGAUCGCCAUGCAGUGCUCCAAAUCCACAGAGUACACUUCCAAAUAUCUCCAAGACACUAAUUAUGAUGGGACACUGUGUCACAGCAUCCAGUACAGAUCAGGAGACAAACGCUACAUGUUAGUUGGACCCAGAAUGAGUAUCGGUUCUACUGUGGUCCCGGGCAGCCACGCCAACACUCUGGUGCUCCCUGACAGGAGACUCGCUUCUUCUGGGGAGGUAAGACUUUAUGCUUUUUGUGAUUCAUGCAUGUGUAAAUUAUUUCGCGACUAUAUAGCUACAUGA